AUGACGGCAAAUGACUCUGGGACGAAAAGCGACCGUGAUCGCGAGUCCGGAGCGGCGAUUCAAUUGAAGAAGCUGCCAAAUUUGCAGGAAAUCUCAAAUAAGAAUCCAAUGCGAAUACUGCUCUCACAUUCUAUUGCUCUGCAGUUAAAAACAAUGAAUUCUGGCGUUACGAUUACUCAGUUGGGGUUUGAUAACUUACUGCAGUUUAUAGAGCUACAGAUGGACGAUAUGUUUCAGAUAUUACAUGGUCUGGCCAAUAUACAGCGCAGGAAUGAGAUCUCUGUGAAAGAUAUGAAGUUGUUUAUGAAGGGAUCUGGGAUUGACUGCAGUGCAUUAUAUCAUGAGUUCCAACGAUCGGAAUUGAUAAAGCAGAGAUUUGAAUCGGAUUAUAAGCAUCUGGAGAAAAAAGGUGUUGAAAUUGUAGAAAAAUGGCAUAGACCGAUGAGUAGCGACGAGCUGCUGUCUAGUCCCUGUGCCGACUUUUUUUUUAAGGAUGUCGAUAUUUUAAACCUGGUGCCGCCCACGAAUACCAACAAUAAGUACGUCCCAAAGUGGCUUCCAGACUUUCCUCCGGACCACACUUAUCGUUUUACUUCGCUGUAUAACAGGCCUGUUACUGAUGAAAGAGAAAUGAAAAAAAGGCUCUUCGAGGAAGGGCAGCUUUCUGAGAUUGCAUUGCUUAACAUGUUUGGUGGAACCAGGGAUAAGAAGUUUGCUGCGCUUGAUGCUGCAACAAAAGAGCAACUCUAUAAGGAAAGCCAAGAAGAGACUAUCCUUGUCUUUGGUCCUCCCUCAAAACGACAACAGCGCAACAAAUUGACCAGCAGUAGCCGAAGCCAUAUCACCAAAGGUUUCAAUAUCGAGGAAUACGCCCGCUCUAGAGUAGAACUGGCAAGGCAACAGGUAGAAGAGUUCGAAAACCAUAAGCUUCAGGCCCAAAAAAAUCCGUUUAUAAGAGCCGCAAACAUUUGCUCCCCAUAUGGAACUGGUCCGAAACUGUCUCGCAAGUCUGCUGAUAGGGAAUUCAGCAUUCUGCUGCAGCGCAGCUACAUCGGAGUUCUGAAAUCCAUACCGCACCUAAAGCGCCUCAAGGAAAAGGAAAUAAAGGCGGCCAUAGAGCGCGAGCGAGAAAACCGUGCCCGACUCAGAGAAGAGCAGGAACGCAAGCACGCUGAGCAGGGUGUAGUAGAUCUUGGUGCCCUCCACGACGACUCGCUUUUAGCUGGUCUUGACUCCAGCGACAGCGAAGAUGAACAACCUCCUCAACAACCUUCACUGCCCCAAGGAGCUCCUUCUCCCUCUCAGUUCUAUCCUACAUUACCUUCUCUACACAAUUCGCCGGCCCCCGAAAGGCAAAUAGCUCCAGACAUCUCCGCCAUACCCCACUCAGAAGCUACUACUCCGCUACCACUUCAAGAAACUCCACCAAAGGGUCAAACAUCUCCUUCAAUUCCGUUACGAGGCAGUAUACAACAGAGUGCCAAUCCUGAAUGA